AUGGAUCCCUCAUUUCUCGACUCUCCACAGGUUGCCAAGCAAAUGGCCGCUCUGAAUGCCGCCAGUCAGGCAAGAAUAGCGCAGAAUACUCGAAUUGCCCCCUCUUUUCAUCCUCCCUCCGUCGGAACAAGUUCGGGGCCAUAUCUCGGAGGAAUCAACUCUCACAGCUUCAGUGCAGACCUCUCCCCCAACAGACAUGCGAAUUUCCAGUUGCCAAAUAGUCAGACACCAAACUCGGCUACUGGCGUCUCUUUCCUCGAUCCUUCCAUGUCACAUCAGGAUUCCUUGCGCAACCCCACAAAUAACCAGCACAGUCGUCGCAAUGCCUUUUUUCAGGGCAUUGCCACUUUCAUGUCAAAGCGCAAUACUCCUCUUCCCCCUUCCCUUACAGGUAUUCAAGUCCCCAACUACGAUCCCACCAAUUCGCCCUAUUCCAUCAUAGAACCGGGUUCAGAGCUCGGCUUCUUCAGACUUGCUGGCAAGGAAAUCGACCUUUGGAGGCUUUAUGGCACCGUGUUCCAGAAUGGUGGAGGCACUGUCGUUUCUAAUGCCAAUCUCUGGCCCAAGCUUCUCCCUGCGUUUGAUUUACCUGAACGCUUCCCUGAAAUGCAGGCUAAUAACUCGGCCUCGGUAGCUGUCAUGCUUUCCCAAUACUAUAUGGCCAUAUUGCAUCCUUUCGAAGAGUAUUACCGAAACAAUCUUUCUGAACAAGCAAAAAAAGUGCAAGCAGGUCAACAGCAGCAACAGCUGCUGCAGCAGCAAUCUCAGCAACAGCAACAAAGGGUUAUGCCUAAUAAACCUUUUCCGCCUCCUUCCAACGUCGGACGCCCUGUAACGGCAAUGCCCAACAUGCCACAAUCUGGAGUCCGCCCCAGUAAUACACCUGGCCUCAUGAGUCAGUCUAUACCCCCCUCAAACGGUAUGCCACAAUACCCCCAGAUUCAUCCUCAAAAUAGACCAGCUUCUUCUCAAAACCCUCAUCAACAAGAGUCAAAUGUUUCCCUCGGAUCGUCUGAAAUUGAUCCUCUUGCUCCCACAAUUGACUCAAACCUCUUAGACCAGGAUGUCCAAGGUAUCAAGCGAAAACAUGAACAAGAAGACAGAGAUUUGAAGCGGGUUCGACAGAAGACUGAUCCUCCAGAUGGCAAUACCGUGCUUAUGUCAAUCACCCCCGAAGAAGGUGGCAAUCUGCAAAGCCGACAGACCUCCCAGCCUCCUUCCAAUUUGAAUGCGUCUGGCGCUCCUCGUCAACAACCAUCAAGACGCAAAAUUGAAUAUGUACCACUAGCAAGAGAAGCCCAAACCUACGGGGGAAGAGAUAUAUAUCAAUUCGAUGCAGAAUGGAACAAUAUCAUAGCCAGGAGGGGCAUACGAGAAAGCAAUGACUGGGGCAUUGUCGAUAUUGAAUGCUUGUGUAUGUCCAUACGAUCACGGCUUUCGAUAGAAAUGUCGUACGCUUUAACAACAAUGGCCGUUCUGUCGACAAUGCGAGGUAACAACCCUGGUUCUGGGUUCCCCUUGCAACAAUGCCCAGACCUGCUGGAUGACACUUUAGACCUGUUGGAGGAAUUAGCCUUCGGGGAGCCUGAAAAAGCCUCUUUCUCGGAACCAACGGAUGCCCCUAUCAUUACUUAUCGAGAAUUGGUGGCUCUCGUUCAGGAUUCCCAGGGUCGGCCUUUUGCCUCUCUCGAGAAGCAACAAGGUUUGCAGGACAUUUCUGCAGGCAUUCGGCAGCGCCCUGGCGACAUCAUAAUAACCAUCAUUGGCAUUAUUCGAAAUAUGUCUAAUCUCCACGACAAUGCUGGAUUCAUCGCCAAUUUCCCAAGGUUGUUAGACAUGGUGCUACGGGUAUGCAUGAUCUCUGGAAGUCCGCCUUCCCCUGCGUCCAAAAAUCUCUCACUUUCGGAUUUAUUAACGAUUCGCAAAGAUGUCUUGGCCAUCUUCUCCAAUAUUGCAGGUCAUAUUACUCUCCCCAAUAAUACCUCACCAGUUACCCUUCGAAUUGCAAGACGAACAUUUGGGCUCUUUGCUUCUUUUCUUGUAGACCCUAAUGACUGUGCGCCUCCAUUGGCCAGUGUACAGGUAGCAGGCCUUCCACCAAAUCCUAAUCGGCGGCCAUCCGUACUUGCCGAUACUGCUCUCGACAUUUUUACCCGAUUCAGCCACCCAGAUCACAACCGACAGGUUCUCAGCAAGGCCAUUCCAUCUGCACAUCUUUGGGACCUUCUUACCAGUCUCGUUUAUCGUCUACCCGUCGUCGACGCUGACUUUGUUUUCAUGCAACGGUCAGAACAUUGGCUAUCAUUCAUCGAGAAGAGCGUGAUGGCCAUAUACUCCGUGGUUUUUCUUUCGCCUUAUGAAUUGAAGCAGAAAAUCAAAUCAGACCGCAGUCUAGGGCUCAAAGACGUCCUCUUCCGACUUGCGCGCCAAGUUCUUACUUUCCCCGCUGAUCCACAUAACGCGUACUUGUCUUCGCCACGUCGUGCGAUCGAGACCAUGAAAUUAUUGGAUAAAUCAGAAGAUCUGGCAGAUAAUUCGGAACCAACUAUGCCAGCUCUAAGCUUUGGUAUGGGAUUUUCAGAUGGCAAUGACGCGGGCCUGGAGAAGGGUACCGGAAUACUAGGCGCUAAUCGAGACGCGGCUUAUGAUUUAUUAAUUAUGCGUGACGUCGUUGGGGACGAGGUAUUGUUCAGUGAACUGGAAAGCAUGGUUCGAAUUGAAUACCAGUAG